CGCUGCGAGCUCCAUCGGCUCCUUCCCGCUGCUUAAUAUCGAUGAGGCUUUGGACAGACACAGCCUGCUGCUGAAUCACUGUCGGGACUUUUUGUGAACGUCGUCAUGUCUGUAUAAUGUCGCCGCGGAAGACGCGCAGCUGAAAGUGAAUAUUGUGGAUCCAUCCAGUAGUUACAGAAGAGGUGAACGCACCUUGCAUCCAGCCAUGGGAGGUCAGAUCACCAGAAAUACCAUCUACGAUUCUUUGAAUGGGCCGUUUCCUGCAACAUCCCACCGAUGCCACCACAAGCCCAAGCGCUGCACACACAUCCAGCCAUGUGGAAGUUUGCCCUACUUCCCUCUGCUCUUCCACCCCAGCACGAAAGGCUCACAGAUCGUAAUGGACAUGUCACAGAGGACCGUCAAGAGACAGGCCAGCUUCUGUAAUGCCAUCACCUUCAGCAACAGGCCUAUCGCUGUUUAUGAGCAAGUUCGGCUGAAGAUUACUAAAAAGCAGUGCUGCUGGAGUGGUGCUCUGCGUCUUGGCUUUACAUCUAGAGAUCCAUCAAGGAUCAAUCCAGACACCUUGCCCAAAUACGCCUGCCCUGACCUGGUCUCCCAGAGCGGCUUCUGGGCAAAAGCCCUGCCAGAGGAGCUCUCCAAUGAGGGAAACAUCAUCUCCUUCUGGGUGGACAAGAAGGGCCGCGUGUUUUACCGAAUCAACGACUCGAGCCCCAUGCUGUUCUUUAGCGGGGUACGUGUCUCUGAACUUCUGUGGGCCCUCAUAGAUGUCUAUGGCCUCACCAGGGGGAUCCAGCUUUUAGACACUGAGAUGGUCCCCCUGGACUGCCUGCGUCCUCACUCUUUUGCUGCCACCCAGAGAGCCUCCGCUCAGCGAAACAGCGAUGACACUCAACUCUCCAUCAGCUUGUGUGACCUGAGCCUGCAGCAGCGAGACAUGCAUCUGGAGGAAGAUGAGGAAAAAGAAGAACAGCUACAACCAUUAAACUCCAGCUCCUGCCAUGUGCCCCAAAAUGCUCAAAACUCUCAGCAGUGUUCGCUCCUGCCUAGCAAUUUGGACACUGAUCUGCACUUCCACUCGGUGCAUGGCGUCCAUGUUACUGUGCUGGAUAAGCACACGGUGCUGCGGCAGGAUCACCACGGUGAUGACAGGACCCUGGUGUUCACCAGCCGGUCCAUGAGCUGCUCAGAGACUGUGUUUGUAAAGGUGAAAUCAGGUGUCACACGGCCCGGAUCUCUUUCUUACGGUGUGACAUCAUGUGACCCAGCAACCCUGAGGCCCAGUGACCUCCCAUCCAACCCAGAGUCCCUGGUUGACCGCAAGGAAUUUUGGGCUGUGUGUCGGAUUGGGACGCCACUCCACAGUGGAGAUAUCUUGGGCUUUGUGGUGAACGCAGAUGGGGAGGUCAUGAUGAGCCAUAAUGGUAUCAGUGCAGGGAUGCAACUAUGUGUCGAUAACUCCAGGCCGCUCUGGAUGUUCUACAGUCUGCACGGCACCAUCACACAACUCAGGAUUUUAGGCUCAUCUCUGCACCCAGACCUUCGAGGUCCCUCAGUCUCUAGCUCCCCAUCUUGUACACCCAACACCCCUACAAUGCUCUGCAGCGGUAACUCAGAGCCCAACCUCAACACACCCUUGAACAUCAACCUCAGUUCAAGCCUCAACUCCAGCUACCACACCGUCUUUUCUUCCUCCAUAGGUACAUCCCCAAGCUCUCCAUCCUCCUGCCACCCAGAGUCCCCUACCUUCCCAUCCUGCUCAGGCUCUUGGGGUGACGAAUGCACCAUCUGCUAUGAGAACAUGGUGGACACAGUUCUCUACGCCUGUGGACACAUGUGUCUGUGCUACGCCUGUGGCCUCAAGCUCAAGAAGAUGGCCAAUGCGUGCUGUCCCAUCUGCAGGAGGACAAUCAAAGAUAUCAUCAAGACCUACCGGAGCACGUAGGCUUGUGUUAGAUAAGGUGCCCUGUUGUCAGGUUCAGCUCAAGAGCCAUGUAGCCAUGUUAGCCAUGUGAGACUUUGAAAAGAUGAACACAGCACAAGAGAAAGCCCCACUUAUUUGUGUGUGCAUUCUGGCUCAGGUACUCUACAGCAGGACUUUAAACUCCAUCAAUUCAACACUGAAUCUAUAUGAUGGCAAAUGCACAUCCUUGGAAAGCUUAUUGUGUUGCCUACCUGUGAAUACACAGCAAUUAAAUGUAUCAUAAACCAUCAGAAAAUCCAAUGUGGUCAUCAGAUUGGACCUUGAGGUAUUAUUGUCCAGUGACUGUGAUUUGUUCAUCUGUCCUAGUUUCUACAGAGUCAUUCUGCUGGUGAAAACAUUACUGCUAGCCAGUUUUAGAAGAAAUAAAAUUGUCCAGAGCUACAAACAAAGCAAUGAGAAUAAGUCUGAACUUUCGCCAGCUACUCCUUCAGCGCCAAGUCUGAAAGCGUUGUUUUAGAGCAAGAAUCAAUCCUCCAAUAAAUCUGAGAGAAAAUCAAGACAAGAUAUGUUGUUGUAUGUACCGAAUGCUCUGCUUCCAGAUAUUAGUGAUGGGUCAGUAGAAAGACAAUGUUUUUGUGAUGAAAACUUUAUAAAACAAGCCAUUUUGAUGAGUAGAAAAUGCUCCUACUGCAAUAAAACACGAGGAAAUGCCUAACUUUAAAGGGUAAAGAAAUCCUUAAAGGAACUCAGUUGUGUCAUAAAAGUGUUUUGUUGGAUACUGUAUCUCAUUACCUGCUGUUCUUCUGUGAACUUCAGGCAAGGGGUAAAAAGUGUGAAUGCUGUCACCAUAGAAGGUCACACUUGUGGUGAAUGAGGAUGUAAAUCAGUGAAGAGGGAUCAAGGGAGCAGGGCGAGAGGAUGUUUUAAGUUUGGGAUGAAGAUAGGAGAGAAACAGGCCACCUUUGCUGUGUGUCUGCAUGUUAUUUUCGUGCAAAGAAAGCGUUCGCUGAUUCAGGCACACCAGACACAUCGUAGGUUUGUAUGAAAGCCUGUAAUAUGUGGGACUUGCAUCGUUGCAUGUCCUUCUUCUUGGCAGCUGACCCUGCCAUCUCUGGCUGCUCAGUAAUCUGACCGCUGCUGUAAUUGGAAAAAAGUCCAAAUAAACAUUGGUGGGCAAUGGAGUAUUUUUAAAAUGCCAAAAGAGUACAUAAGGAUGACAACUCAACCUCUUCAUCAUCGCAAGAAACCCAUGAUACACUUAGAUUACAGAUGGCAUCACUUACUUCAGGUUACAAACUGCUCUUUCACAUGUAUGUUAAAUUAGAACAUGACUUUUUUGCUUCGGGUGAUGAUGUAUUUCAGUGCAAUGUCUUCAAGUAGAAAAAGAAUUCACACGCGUGCAGUCAGUGACAAGGAUGUAGCUUGUUACUGUGACACAAUGUGAGAAUUUGAUUUGCAUAUCAGUUUCUGAGUGCUGCUCUUCAUCAGUAAAAGCAAACUCCAAGGACAUUUUCACAGGACUAAUCUCAUGCAUUAUGUACUGCUUUGAACUGUUAAGCAGUACAGGCUAUUUUCAGGUUUUAUUUUGGCCUCACUGAAACAUUACUCUGUUUUUUUCCCCUUUUUGAGGCUUUGAGCUUUUUAUCUGUGGAGGGGGGAUUUUGCGGUCAUGUUGUAAAGCAUGUUUUUUUGUGUGCCUCUAUAAAGAGAAGUGUGGACUAACAGUUUCACUCCUCACUGUGAAAAGUCACUAUUACGUGGUUGUGAGAUCUGACGUGAACAGGUGUAAUCACACAACCAGCUGACACAAAGUUGUUGUGCUUAACUUUGAAGCAAACAUUUCAGUGUGCUUAAUCUAAGUGUGAAUGUAUUCACUGCACUCUGUCACUGCAUUGUAUAAUACUGGAAUUGUGUGCUUGGGAGAUACUCAGCCUUUACACUUCUACCUGUUUUUGUUUGUUUUGUUUUUUUCUUGACCAAAUAUGCAGAAAUAAAACAUCGUGAAGCAUUUUUUGAUAGAAAAAUGGUAUUGAUGCGUGUAAUUAACUGUACAUUAUGAGGUUUAUUUAUUUUGUCAAUGCUACUAUAAAAAUUAUCACUAUAUUUUAUAUGUAUGCCCACGGUGUCCAAAAAAUAAGAAUAAUGUUAAUGUUACUGGUGUAAAGUGAAAGAUUAUAGAAAACAGUAUUUUCCUAAAACACUUUUUGGUUGUGUCAGCUGAUUUUCACAUUUUUGGAAACGUCACUUUGAGGUGGAGCGUUAGAUAAGAAAGCCAUUACCAUUUUCCACUGGUGGAAUGUAACAAAGUCUACUCAAGUGCAAUUUUGAUGUACUUGUCCUUGAAUAUUUCCAAAUUAUACUAUUUACUGCAAUACUUCUACUCCAGUACAUUUCAGGAAGUGAUAUUCUCUUUUUCACCCCACUACAUUUAUCCGACAGUUUUGCUUAACAUAGUUUCUAAGCAGAUAUAGAAAAAUCUUUCUUUUUAGUUUAUACAUGUAUCCAGCUGAAUAAACUGAUUAAAAUAAAUUCACCCUUGACCCUGAUACAGUACUGAAAUGCAGUGUAUAUAUACAAUAAUGCAUCAGUAAUAAUACCUCUUUUUGAUGGGAGUACUUUUACCUUUAAUAUUUCCAUUGAUAAAAUGUAUGUACAUAACCUUAAGUAGAUGUUUGGAUGCAAUUGAGUAUUUUUAGUUGCAGUGGAGUAUUUUGACAUUGUGGUAUUAACAUACUACUGUUACUUGAAGUGGCUAUAAUUGAUAUUUUUAUAAUGACAGUGUACCAAAUGACAGUGUGAAAGGAGUCACUCACUCAUAGUGAUGAACCCAAAGACAAUUAUCACCUGAAUCUGCAGCUCUGCUUGACUUUACUCAAACUUUACAGCAAGUUUCAACUCGUUAUUUAGCCGCCUGGACCACAACUUUGUUCUGGUUCAGUCUUACCCUUUUCAGAGGGUUGUUUUUGGCCACAACAGGCAACUUUUUUUUUAAAGAUAAAGCUCUAAAAACUCACUGUACACCUUGUGCUCAGCAGAUAGUCAGAGUAAGAAACUAGGUGGUGAACAUAAUAGAGAAUAUUGUGGCUACAGAGUCAGAUAUUUCCCUCAGAAAUGGGUGGAGACCAAAAACAGAGCUAUAAGAUAAUGAAUAUCAGACCUUUUCCAGGGGAACACAACU